CUCAGUCCACUGAGCCACACCAGCCAGGGCUUCUCUCACACUUGUAUUAAGCACCUGUUCUGUACCAGGCAGCCAGAUUACUAAAUGUGCUUAAAUUGGCCACGGAGCAAAUUCCAACAUAAACCCACAUGUACAGGUGGAUUAAUAAGACCCAAAUCCUUUCUGGCAGGAACCUAACAACAAAGCCCGGAGGUAAGCUGGGCGCGGAACAGUCAUCCAGCAAACGCUCUGACCGGCAGGUGCCUCGGAGGCACGACAGGGAGAGGCUGAUGCAGCCGACGGUGCCCCUUUCAAACUCUAACUCUCUCCAAGAGCCAAGAGGGUAGCUUCCUAGGCUGCCGCUGUCCGGUGCCGCUCCCUGGGAGCGGUGCUAUGAGGACUUGAGAGUUUCAAAGACAGACCCAUAGACUUUGGCACCCGGCCACCCUGAAACUACAACUCCCGAGAAGCCUUGCGACGGACGCCAUAUUUCCUCGCGAGUCUAUGCGGCCGGCUCCGGGGCGGGCGAUGCCUCUUGCGUAAUCGGCGCGCGCCGCCGCCGUCUCAGAGUGAUAACGUCGAGCCCCUGCCCCAGCUGUCAGUCACAGCGCGGCCGGGCACCCGCGGAGGGGCUCGCGGGGCCUGCGCCCUCCAUGGCAGCCGUGUUUGACCUGGAUCUGGAGACGGAGGAAGACAGCGAGGGCGAGGGCGAGGGCGAGCCGGAGUUCCCUGCGGACGUGUGUCCCCUUGCCGAGUCGAGGGCGGCUGGCCUGGAGCCCGUGGGACACUACGAGGAGGUGGAGCUGACCGAGACCAGUGUGAACCCUGGCCCUGAGCGCAUCGGGCCCCACUGCUUUGAGCUGCUGCGUGUGCUGGGCAAGGGGGGCUAUGGCAAGGUGUUCCAGGUGCGAAAGGUGCAGGGCACCAACUUGAGCAAAAUAUAUGCCAUGAAAGUCCUGAGGAAGGCCAAAAUUGUGCGCAACGCCAAGGACACGGCACACACUCGGGCCGAGCGGAACAUUCUGGAGUCUGUGAAGCACCCCUUCAUCGUGGAGCUGGCCUAUGCCUUCCAGACCGGCGGCAAACUCUACCUCAUCCUUGAGUGCCUCAGCGGCGGUGAGCUCUUCACGCACUUGGAGCGAGAGGGCAUCUUCCUGGAGGACACGGCCUGCUUCUACCUGGGGGAGAUCACACUGGCCCUGGGCCACCUGCACGCCCAGGGCAUCAUCUACCGGGACCUCAAGCCCGAGAACAUCAUGCUCAGCAGCCAGGGCCACAUCAAACUGACAGACUUUGGGCUCUGCAAGGAGUCGAUUCACGAGGGCGCCGUCACCCACACCUUCUGUGGCACCAUUGAGUACAUGGCCCCUGAGAUUCUGGUGCGCAGCGGCCACAACCGGGCGGUGGACUGGUGGAGCCUGGGGGCCCUGAUGUACGACAUGCUCACUGGAUCGCCACCCUUCACUGCAGAGAACCGCAAGAAAACCAUGGACAAGAUCAUCAAAGGGAAGCUGGCGCUGCCCCCGUACCUCACCCCGGACGCCCGGGACCUCGUCAAAAAGUUUCUGAAGCGGAACCCCAGCCAGCGGAUUGGGGGCGGCCCAGGGGACGCUGCUGACGUGCAGAGGCACCCCUUUUUCCGGCACAUUAACUGGGACGACCUCCUGGCCCGCCGUGUGGACCCCCCUUUCAAGCCCUGUCUGCAGUCGGAGGAGGACGUGAGCCAGUUCGACCCCCGCUUCACGCGGCAGACGCCAGUGGACAGUCCGGACGACGCGGCCCUCAGCGAGAGCGCCAACCAGGCCUUCCUGGGCUUCACGUACGUGGCGCCCUCUGUCCUGGACAGCAUCCGGGAGGGCUUCUCCUUCCAGCCCAAGCUGCGCUCCCCCAGGCGCCUCAACAGCAGCCCCCGGACCCCCAUCAGCCCCCUGAAGUUCUCGCCCUUUGAGGGGUUUCGGCCCAGCCCCGGACCACCGGAGCCCAUGGAGCCCCCUCUGCCUCCUCUGGUGCCACCACCGCCACCGCCCUCGAGCACUGUCCCCCUGCCCAUCCGACCCCCCUCAGGGACUAAGAAGUCCAAGAGGGGCCGUGGGCGCCCUGGGCGCUAGGGGGCGGGGGCAGUGGGACCCUGGGGGCGUCUCGGGGCACAGGAGGGAGUGUGUGGGAGCGCGUGUCUGUGUUGGGAGUGGCCGUGCCCCCGAAUCAUGAGUGCAGAGGGCCAGCUGCCGGCGGGGGCCUCCCGCGGCCGAGCUGCACCCUGAGGAAUUAAAGUGCCUGAUCACGGC